GAAGAGUGGACCGUAUCGGCGGUGGUGGGCGUGGUCCACUGGUCCCGCGCCGGGAUUCCUGCGGCCCUAGCUGCUGUUACAGAGAAACCCUAACCCUAGCUCAGAUGAGCCGCCGCCGUUACUCGCUGGCGCCAGCGCCUCCGCUGGACGACGAGUUCCUUCUGGAGGAGAUCCUCCUCCGCCUCCCUCCGCAGCCCUCCUCCCUUCCGCGCGCCUCUCUCGUCUGCAAGCUUUGGCGCAGCAUCCUAUCCGACCCCCAAUUUCUCAAACGCUUCCGGAAACACCACCGUGAGCCUCCUCUGCUCGGCUUCUUCACAGGCCAUAUUGCCGCGCUCUUCACUGCCGCCCUGGACUCGCCUGACCGCAUCCCUCACGCCCGCUUUUCCCUGCCGCAGAGAAACCGCCCCGAUGAACAGUGGUUCUUCAUGGGCUGCCGUCACGGCCUCGCCGUCCUGAUCAAUGGCAAUGAGCGCGAGGUUGUCGUGUGGGAUCCCCUCACCGGCCAACAGCACCGCGUGCCAUUUCCAUCGGGUAUGGACAAUAGACUGGGGAAUUCCUUUCAGGCCGCCGUGUUGUGCGCUGAUGCUGAAGAUGAGCAUGUGCACGGAGAUUGCUUCUUUUGUCCAUUUAAAUUGAUUUUGGUUUGUACCGGAUACAAGCAUGCAUUCGGUUCUCUCUACAAUUCCAAGUCUGGUGUAUGGGGAAAUAUUGCCUCGACGCCGACUACUGAUGAGUUAUCUAUAAGGCCCAGCAUCCUCAUUGGGAAUUCAGUUUACUGGUUGUUUCCUGGAGGUGAUAUCCUUGCCUUUGAUAUUGAAAGGCAAACCCUUGGUGUGAUUCAGAAGCCGCCAGGUGCUCAGACUGCCGACUACUGGUCCUUUCAGCUCUUACGGACAGAUGAUGAUAGUGCCCUUUGCUUUGCGAAUCUGUCAAAACUGAGAAUAUAUAUAUGGGUGAGGAAAAGGAACUCCUAUGGUAUCGCGAGAUGGGCGCUGCAGCAGAAAUUCAUUAAAUUGGAUGUGCUCUUUCCACAAAGAAUGGAUAAUGACUACAAAAAGGCGACAAUGGUGGGGUAUGAUGAGGAGUCAAAUGUGAUUGUUCUGGGUACCUAUCUUGGUGACUUCAUGCUUCAACCUGAGUCAAUGCGGUUUACAAGAUUUUCUAAAAGAAAUUCCUGGGAUAACAAGAUGCAUUACCCCUACACAAAUUUCUACACUGCAGGAAGGGGAGUUGGGUGGAAAUGGUUGGAUCUGAAAUUGUGAACACACGAGACCUGGUGAUGUGCUAUGGUGGUUGAACAGGUUCUAGAGCUGAAUUGCGGCUCCUGAGAAGCAUAAAUGGCUAGUUGGUCAUGCUGUGGCAUGUGAUGUGGUCGAUGCUGAAAUUGCUCCACCGUGUAGAGUCUAGGUUCUUCUACUUUGACAUACUGUGGCCUGUGAAAUGGACUUGUAGGAUAUAAUUAUGUAAUAUUUUCUAUGACCUAGUAUCAGUAGACAUUAGUCAACUUGCA